UGGGCCUUCCUAUAAAUACGAGCACACAGUGAUACACGUAACGCACACAAUUAGACGCAUAAAGCGUUCUUUUAGCAAUCCAUCCACCUAUCGAGGGUUCGAACCUCAGCUCGUGAUUUGUCAUGCGUCUAAACUUUUUACUUUUUUGUCUUUCUAGGAAAAGAAGAAAAUUUGAUAAUUUCACAGCCGAACAUGAUACUACAUCUUUAGACUACAUCGAACUGCAAAAUAUGGAAAUGGAAUCUCCGAUUUCAUCAACCACUGACAUUCAAAGUAACGAUGAGGCGACCGGCUCAAACAUUUUGAACCCACGCAUUGCACAGGUGGAUGACACUUAUCGGGUUCCUAGUCUAUUAGAGGAAGAAGAUACCCAUGAGUUACAAAUAUCGUUCAAUGUGGAAGAAGAGCUUCCUGACAAAACCGUCGGUCGAAGAAUUGUCGCAGUUAGUUACCAUUCGAUUCGAUUCAUCACAUUUUAUUCAAUAAAAGAUUGUAUGGAAACUAUAUACAUAAUCGCAAUAUUUCACUGAACACCGACAAAAUCGCAAUUUUCUUGUUUUGUUCAUACUUCAAGAUGGACUCUUUGUGACCUUGACGUCACGGUCACAUAUCGUUUUGUUCGGGGCGUUUCGCGAGUGAAGUACGACUGUCGGACUUUGACUAUCAUUUCUGACUUUUGUAUUCCUUUAAUGCAAUGGAUCCCAUAUAGACUGUUGAUCCUAAAGCCAAACCUGAUCGAUUGAUACCAUAAAUGAAAAUUAGUCAUCUAGCCUAUUAUCGAUAAGUAUAUGUUUUUCUUCAUCAAAUUAUCAAUAAUUUUCAGUUUUUAGAUUGUUCCCUCUAUUAACUCCUAAUAGUCUACCUUGGUGCCAAAUUUCAAGUUUCUAGGUCAGCUGGAAGUGGGUUAGGUUUUUGAUCUAUUAGUCAGUCAGUCACAAAAAUGCCGGUUUUAAAACGUUAAUUUAUGAAUAACUGUUAGAGCUACGUUUACGAAAUUUUGUAUUCUAGACAAGAUAAGGGGCUUGAAUAAAUGUGCAAAAUUGCAUGUGAGUAGGUAAAAUUGGU